AUGAGCGGCAUGAGACUGCGUGACAGCAUCCGCGCGCCGCUGCGAUAUGGAGAAGACGAAUACGAAACACCAUCACGGACCACGCUACGGCCCGGAUACGAUGACUCCUUUGACGACUCCAUAGAGCUUGGGGAAUCAGGCAGACCACGUCCACAAAAGAGGCGCAAGCCCAACACUGUGCCAUUCAACCCCAACCUGCCACCAGCUGCGUUUCCCAGUUUGAGCAGACCACAGCCAAGUCAUGCGUCCCCCACCUCCACAAAGAAUCACGGCAUUGGUGACAGCCAACAUAAGAUACAGACAAGCGAACUGGCACUUCCUCUCCGCAAUGUUGGGUCGAUGGAAACCGUUGCACCGUCUUCGUCUGUGAUAGAACGAGUCCCGAUGGACCAGCUCGAUAACCACGUUGCCAGCAACAACAUGGACAAUCCGAUAUAUGCGAGGAACGUAAACAUGGCGCGUACGACUUGUGUGGAUGCCCCUCCGGGUUACGAGGACAUGGCCACCUCUCCGGAUAGUGAUGAUGACCCACUGCCAGAUGCGACUCAGGUGCUCCUUGAUGCGAUCCCCAACCCAAAAUGGGGAGAUCUGCACAAGGCGAUGCAGGUUGAAAUCGUCGAAAACACAAUGAAAUACCAUAGCUGGAGACGUGUUUGCGACCUUCUCGGCCUUGGGCCAGAUGAGCGAAAACAGCUCAUGCAGGGUAUAAGGAUUCGCAAUAAACAGAUCGAACGAGAGAACGGAAAAUUGGAGCAAAUGCGGUGCAAACAGCGCAAGGUACUCAUGAAAAUCGACAACAGCGACUUGAAACGUUUCCAGCCGCCACCUCAACUGGUGCUGAAAAGGAUCACUCGAGAGACAAAUCAGAACUUGUUGCUCACCAGCUACACGGACCUCUUGAUGUGCCAAGCCCACGAGGUCCUGAAGGCUAGACAGUACUUGCAUCAGCACGGGCUGCCUCGAAGAUAUGCUGGAAAUUGGGGAGACAGCCUGGUGGUGCUUCGAGAAUCCGAGGACGACUCCCAUGAGCCCGACAAGUUCGAAUGGAAAGAAAACCUGAGAUUCAGUCCACCUCCAAAUGAGAUUGAGACCCCAAUGAAUCCUUUUAUGGACCCUAUCAGUAGUGCCAAGAGGGAUUUCAUUCAAAGCAUUGGUAUGAACGGUACCAUGAACCCGACCAAUCUGGUUCGACGAAACACUGACCCAGGCCUCAUGAUGGACUGGGGAAGGUAUUAUGAACGGAACCAGGACUCAUCGUGGGACACCACAAAGCCUCGACUCGGUGGAAUAGUCAAGGUGAAUGUUGGCCCAGACAUCGCUGCGCAGAUCAAUCGCUACGAGCAAGCUGGUGUUAGGCCCCAGGGAUUUUCCUCUCAUGGACAGGUGCCCGCCAUGCCAGGGUCACCUCCGUCAGACGUUCCGCAAGAAACACCGUCCAAGCCGCCACGGAGCGGUAGUGUCGCCCAGCCCGUUUUCCGGAACCCUGCCAGACCUUUCAGCAGAGUCAUCACCGGAAACCGGUCUUCGGAUGGAUUCAACCCAUCAGAGAGCCAUUUCAAGUACCAACGAAGCAUACAGCAGGCCAAGCUUGAAAAGAUAGAGGCCGAGGCAGAAGCGAUGCGCCGUCGAUAUAACUACCAGCCUACCCUUCGAGUUAAUGGUGUCGGUGUUGGAAUCAGUCCCACACGUGGAAAUCUUCAAACACUUCCCUUGGCUCAGCCAGUCGAACAAAACAUCCCUUCGAGGAUUCUCGCCCGGGCGUACCGUGGAAUGACAGCGAUGAACGUCGACCGCCUCAUGGACGAAUUUGUCUGCUAUGAGCCUAUUUUGAUUCCCGAACAAAGCGAGCCCGAGAAACCCGAGGAAGAACAGCCUGAUGAGCAACCAAGUUCCACUGAUAUCAGCUCGAUCACUGAGAUGUCCAUGGAUGAUGUCAUGCUGGUGCCAACAGAUGGCUGUUCCUCUUCGGAGUAG